AUGGCUCAGAAACACAACUUCAGUGUUGAGCCGGUGGCUCGUUUCGCGGGCUUGAGUGCGGCAAUUCGAAGGCCAAGGGAGAUCGCAUUCUUUUCGUUUGAUGAGGAUCACAAAUUUCGGCUAGACGCCUCGAGCCUUCGUUACUACUACCCACCUGCCCUGCCUUGCGAUCUCAACAAAGGGUUCGAGACGUUCCGGCAACUCGAUGACUCUGACGAUGACCAUCUGGACGGCCUGCUGGAAGCGAUUAUAGCGUACGAGAAAGAGAAAGGCUCCAAAACGGAAAUUGACUUCCUGACAUGGAGAGGGAUGAUGACCAAGCUGAUGAUAGUUCCCUUCUCCAAACUGGAUGACUGGGAAAUGAACGCCACCUUAUUCCAAGGCACCAUCUUCAUUGAGGAAAAUCACACCAAGAAGAUUUCUUCCCGCAAUGAGCAGUAUUCAUCUGCGGGACGGCCGGGCGCCAUGUCCCAAGACCUUAUGAGUUUCUGGGGAUACAAGUUCGAGACUUUGUCCUUGAUGCCGACACCAUGGCCGGAGACCUCUCGAGAGUACAUCGAAUCCCGGGAAGAUCUGAUGGUUAGCAACCACGCUCAAUACUGUUCCAUCGUCCGGACUGGCUUCGGCAAAGUCAAGAUGAUUCUUGGUGGAGAAGUGGACGCCGUCAUGGCCUUCAAGCCGGAAGACAAGUCGCAGCCGAUCGACUGGGUGGAGCUCAAGACGACGGCCAAGAUCAAUAACGAGAGAGAGCAAAUCAAAUAUGAGAGGAAACUCUUGAAAUUUUGGGCACAAUCGUUCCUGCUGGGAGUACCCAAGAUUAUCGUCGGCUAUCGAGAUCAGCAAGGCACAUUGGAGCGCCUUGAAGAGUUGAACGUACAGAAUAUUCCAGAUAAUGUCAAGUUGAAGGGCAAGGGUUUGUGGGACGGACAAACCUGCAUCAACUUUGCCGCAAGCUUCCUCGAGUGGCUGAAAACUAUCAUCACUUCCGAUGGCGUUUGGCGAAUCCGCAAACGAGAAAAAUCCUCUGUGCUGGAGGUCUCCAAGCUGGAAGAAUCAGGGCACGGCGACAUCUUGUCGUCAGCUUUUGUCGAGUGGCGUACCAACGGCCUGCUAUCCCAUCAGCUACAUUUGCAGGAGCUUAGAGACGAAGUGAGACCGGCGGCAUCCGAACCUCCAUGA